CCAUUAAUGAGUAAUGACUCCCCUCUAAUUUCGUAGAAUAGAUUAUUUUCCUUUAAUUAACAGCUCAUUGAUGAUUAGCAAUUUUGCACUUACUAUAUUAAUCCCAGCUUUAGAAAAGCGCACACACACACACACUCUAAACCAAACGACAAACCUCUUUCUUGAAUUCGAUUGCCCUACAUCUCUUUUCAGACUGAUUUUCCAAUUGAAAAAGGUUAAUCGCCCAAAUUAAUUCGUAUCUAGGGUUUUGAAACCUUGAAAUUUGUAUUCUGUUGUUCAAGACAAAAGACCAGGGAAUGCAGAAAGAUGUGCCUUCUGGCUAUAUGGUCUCUAUCCAACUUUGAUCUGGUCGAAGCUCGAUCCGAGCUGCCCUUCUUUGUCUUCGAUGAGAUUGGACAGUUAAGUCCUCGUCCCGUCUGUGAGAAGACGACGCUGGUUAGGUAUUCGUGGAAGCAGAUUGGCUCGUAUGAUGAUGUUCGUGAAGACGGUUGAGGUUUUGCUUUCUUGAAGUUUCGCACGUACGGCUGAGUUAUUUGGCAAACUAGUGUUAUAAGAAUGGAUAGUAAAGGGGGUGUAUUGAUGCAAAGGUACGAGUUUGGGAAGUUGCUCGGGCAAGGUACCUUUGCGAAGGUCUACCAUGCGAGAGAUAUCAAGAAUGAUGAGAGUGUGGCGAUUAAAGUGAUUGACAAGGAGAAGACUGUGAAGGUUGGGAUGAUGGAACAGAUCGAGCGAGAGAUUUCUGUGAUGAAACGCGUUAGGCAUCCGAAUGUGGUGCAGCUUUACGAGGUUAUGGCCACCAAGGCGAAGAUCUAUUUCGUGAUGGAGUUUGCUCGAGGAGGCGAGCUUUUCCAUAAGGUGGCGAAGGGGAAGAUGAGGGAGGAUGCUGCGAGGAACGUCUUCCAGCAGCUGAUCACAGCUGUUGAUUUCUGCCAUAGCAGGGGUGUUUACCACCGGGAUCUCAAACCCGAGAACCUACUGCUGGAUGAGCACGGUAAUUUAAAAAUCUCCGACUUUGGAUUGAGUGGCAUAGCGGAAUCGAAGCAGCAAGAUGGGCUGCUUCACACAACGUGUGGAACGCCUGCCUAUGUUUCGCCUGAGGUCAUCAGCGGACGAGGAUACGAUGGGGCAAAGGCUGACAUCUGGUCUUGUGGUGUGAUCUUGUACGUAUUGUUAUCGGGCCACCUUCCGUUCCAUGACUCGAACUUGAUGGAAAUGUACAGGAAAAUAGGCAAUGCGGUGUUCAAGUGUCCGAACUGGGUGACACCCGAUGCGCGUAAUCUGAUUUGCAAAAUCUUGGAUCCGAAUCCAAACACAAGGAUCUCCGUAUCCAAGAUUAUGGAGAAUUCUUGGUUUCGCAGAGGUCUCAAAUCGAAAUUCUUGAGAAGCGGAUGCACCAGCACGAGAGAACCGAUUCUUGAUAUGGACAAGAAGGCUGAGCCAUCAAAGCCCGCCAAUCUGAAUGCGUUCGAAAUAAUCUCCCUCUCGGCUGGCUUUGACCUCUCUGGCUUGUUCGAGGGCAGUGAGGCGAAAAAGGAAAUCAAGUUCACGUCCAACAAGACCGCCAAAGCCAUCAUCUCGAAGCUAGAGGAAGUGGCCACGCGCGUGAAGAUGAAGGUGACGAAGAAGGAUGGAGGGCGUCUUAGAUUCGAUGGAUUAAGGGAAGGGAGAAAAGGGGUGGUGUCCAUCGAUGCAGGGAUCUUUGAGGUCGGCCCGGAUUUCCAUUUAGUCGAGAUGAAGAAGGCGAACGGAGAUACGUUGGAGUAUGAGAAGCUGGUGAAGAAGGAGAUAAGGCCAUCUUUGAAGGAUAUUGUUUGGACAUGGCAAGGGGAGCACCAGACAGAGGAAACUCAGUUUCUGAUAUGUUAAAUUAGAUUUUAUGAUUGUGAUUUAGAUAUUAUUAUGUGCUUUAUUUUCUUGGCAAGAUUUGAAUUUUGUUAGGCGUUUGCCUUUUAUGUUAAUUUUCCUAUUAUAUUAGUACUUCUACUUAUCUCA